AUACGACAAAGAAUACAGUAAAAGUCAAACAAAACGAAGACGUAAGGAAAGAAGAUAAAAGAACGAAAAUAUCAAUUAUUAAUUAUUAUUAUCCAUAGAAAAAGAAGUUCGACAUUCAUUACUAAACAAAACAUCUUAUUAUAAGAUUUUUUGUUGCUUUUAUGCGAUAACAUAUAGAUAAGAGAACGUUAUAAUUUGAAACUACGUUAAAAAUAAUCGCAUAUUGACAAAUCUACCAGGUCCAUCAAUCAAUAUGUCACAGGAAGAGGCUACACCUGUUAAUCCUAAUGAUUUGAAAGAUUUAAAGGAACGUAUGAAACUUAUAGUGGAUGCCGAUCCCAAGCAAUACCAUAAUGAAUAUUCAUUAAAACGCUAUUUAAGGGCGUUUAAAACAACUGAUGAAGCUUUUCAAGCUAUACUUAAAACGAACAGAUGGCGCGAACAAUAUGGAGUUGAGAACUUGGUAAAUUUACCAGAAUUACAAAAACACAGUAAUAAAGCCCGAGUUUUAAGACAUCGUGACUGCAUAGGCAGGCCUGUAAUUUAUAUACCAGCCAAAAACCACAACUCCAGUGACCGCGACAUCGAUGAAUUGACGAAAUUCAUUGUUAGAUGUUUGGAAGAGGCCUGUAAGAAAUGUUUUGAAGAAGUCACCGACAAUCUGUGCAUUGUUUUUGAUUUGGCGGAAUUCAAUACUUCCUGCUUGGACAUGCAAUUGGUAAAGAAUAUGAUAUGGCUAUUGAGUAAACAUUACCCAGAACGUUUGGGUGUUUGUUUAAUAGUCAAUUCUCCGGGGCUCUUUUCUACAGUCUGGCCACUAAUUCGUCAAUUAAUUGAUGAUAAUACAGCAAAGAAAGUUGUAUUUGUAAAUGAUGAAAUAGAUUUGUGUAAAUAUUUAAUACCUGAUAUUUUGCCCACAGAUAUGUAAACGUGACCUUAAAAAUAUUUUUAUUAAUAACAGAGCUUUUAAAGAAUAAGUAAAUCAUCCAACGUUAAAGCUAAUAAUUAAAAGCAUAAAUGCAUGUAUAUUUAAAAGAAUUUGCUAAAGAAUCUAUAUGAUUAGUCACGGCUUAAUUUAUUUUAUCUAAAUCAAAAUUUUCAAAAUCAGCAAAAUCAUUUCUAUUAUUUUUCUUUUUUUCUUAUUUAUUUUAAAAAAUAACAUUCCUUAAAAUUUCUGACAUACACCAAAGUACAAUAUGCUACAAUAUUGUUUUCUAACACAUUAAAAAUAGUACCUUAAAUGAUAUAUUUCAUUAUAAACCUACAUUCCCAUAUUUGAUAUAGAGAUUAUGUAUAAACUAAGCUAAUGGGAAACUAAUAAAAAGCAAAAUAUCCCCGUCUAAUAAAUAAACCAAAUAGAACUGAUUCACUCAGUAAAAAGCAAGUUAAUACGUCUGUAAUCUAAUCUAUAUAUGUACUACAUAUGAAUCUACAUAUUAUAAUAUAUGUAUACCUAUAUAAAAAAUAUAUUUGUUAUCUAUAUAUAGUAUGAAAUGUAGCAACUAUUGAUGUUUAUUUGUAUAAUAUUGAGUUUGGAAAAAUUUGUGCAAGUAAAUGCUUUUAAUGAGUGCAAUAAUAAUGUUUAAAAAUAAAUAUAAAAUGUUAAAAAA